GCGCAGACCACGGAAGUUAGAGAUUGAGAGUCUCUGAUACCAUGACAAUAAACACAUAAUCAAUCACAAGAACAAACACCGAAUUUACGUGGUUUCCUCAACGUUGAACGUUGAGACUAGUCCGUGGCACAAGGCAGAGAGUUUUUAGUACUAUUCCGGUACAGAUUACCUCAAUAUGGCGGCUACACAACAUAUAUAUAUAUAUUGGCCGCCUAUUAAACCUAUGGGUUAAUUACAUUUUGGUACUAUAACCUCUAACAUGCACAGCCCACAAAAAUUCAUCAUUUGUCUUUUCAUCUCCGCGAAACGAAUAACAAAAGCUUCAUUUCUUCAAGGACCAGCAUACACAUGAGCAACAGACCGAACUCGAUCUGCUUCAGAGGAAGACUCGGAGAUUAUGGCUUGUUUCGUGAGUUGUCUUCCAAAGAACAAACAAGUACCUAAGUAGUUGCAAAUACUUAGCCCACAAGCUGGCCUGAUAUCAAGACUUCAGUUUUGGAGCACAUCAGGGACGGAGCCAACGUUGGUGAAGGGGGGGCCAUGGCCCCCCCUAAAAUUUUAAGAAUUAAUAGAGAAUUAGGCAUGUGUAAAUAUGUACAAGGAAAAUCUCGUGGCAUAGUGGUGAUGGUGUUGAUUCUAUAAUUCAAAGGAAGAAAAGGAUCAGUGGUUCGAUUCCCUAUUAACUAUAUUUUUUGUGUUGAUUUUUUGUGUUAAUCAAUUCACUUGGACAUCAGGACAGCUCCACCACGUGACAACUGACAAAUAAAAUUUUAAUAAAUAACUCCCAUGUGAGACUAUGCCCUUUUAACUUAAGUUUUUUAUUUUUGUAUGGAUCCUAGACUAAAGCAAAAAAUCCCAGCCCCACCCACACCAGACAAAAUCGAUUCCUCUUCCCCAAUUGAAACCCUUAUGCUUCUUUCUUUAGUUGGCGGUACACUGCUGGCUGGCGGCUGCUGCAGAACAAAAAUUGCAGCCCUAAACCAAAUAGAAACGACCCCUUUUCCAAUCCAAAGUUUUGAUCUUUCUCCUUUCACUGCUUUAUCUCCGACAGGCGGCGACUCUGCCUGAGGAUCGGACUGCUGGCUUCUAUUGUUGCUCCCGAUUUCUGCAACGACCCGUCACCGGCGACUCUCCCUUUUCUCUGGUAGGCAGCAACUUUUCUUGCGAACCCAUGUAAGUAUGUGUUUUAUUUGUAUUUCUUUAACCAUUAACUAUUAAGAUCAGUAAGAACACAAAUAUUUAUUUUAUUAAAGAAAAUUGAUGUUGUGUGAUAUUGUGAUUGAUAUUUGAUAAUUAAAAUUGAGUUAUUGUUAUUGACAAUUUGUUUGAUAGCGUAGAUAUCUAACUUGCAUUGUGAAUGUUUUCAGCUUCAUCCAUUCUGGAAAAAUGAAGAACAAACAGAAAAGGGUUACUUCAUAUUUUCAAAGAAGUGUGUUAACAAAAAGGGAUGUUGAUCUAGAAGGAGUACAUGGUGCUUUGAACUCUACAGUUGAGGAGGAGUCUCCUAUUAUUAUUGAGAAUCAGAAUGUGAAUGAGGAGUCUCCUAUCAAUUUGAGAGUUGGCAAUUCAUCAUCUGAUUCUCUAGAACGAGAUCCUGGAUUACGUCAACCAAUAUGGACAUAUCCAGUUAAUAGGCGUGAUGAGAUAAGAAGGGAUUAUUGGAGUGCUGGCCCUUAUCAAGUUGUACUUCCUAAGUUUCCUAAAUCUGGGCCUCCAGGACAUCUUCGACCCUUUCAAAGUUCAUGGUACUCUGAAUUCUCUUGGCUUGAAUAUUCAGAAGCACAGGAUGCUGCAUAUUGUCUUCCAUGCUAUCUUUUUACAGAAAAGCCAAAUGCUCAAUUUGGCAGAGACACAUUUGCAAACGAGGGCUUCCAGAAUUGGAAAAAGGUAAAGAGUGGGGCAGAUUGUUCUUUCAGGAAACAUAUUGGAGAUAGUCCAAAUUCUCAUCACAACAAUGCUGUGAGGAACUGUCAUGCUUUAAUGAAUCAACCGGGGCACAUUGACAAAGCCAUGAAGAAACAAAGUUCUGAAGAAAUAAAGAAGAAUAUUACUCGAGUGAAAACCUCAAUAGAUGCUGUCCGUUAUUUGGCAUUGCAAGGGGUUGCUUUUAGAGGUCGGGAUGAGACUGCUGAUUCAAAGAAUCCAGGGAACUUUAUUCAGUUGCUCAAGUACACACGUUUUUAUAGUGAAGAAGUAAAUAGUGUGGUGUUGGAGAAUGCUCCAAAGAAUGCAAAGUACACAUCUCAUGAGGUUCAAAAGCAAAUCUUGCAUGUUUUAGCCAAGAAAAUCAGGAAGCAAGUUUUUGAAGACAUUGGAGAUUCUAAAUUUUCAAUCAUUGUGGAUGAAGCAAGUGAUGAAAGCAGACAUGAACAAAUGGCCAUCAUUCUUCGUUUUGUUGAUGUUAAAGGACUUAUUCAAGAGCGCUUCCUCAAUCUGGUACAUGUCAAAGACACAACAUCAAAGACUUUGCACUCUGCUAUUUGCUCAACUCUUGCUUCUCAUAAGUUUUCCCUUCAGAAUCUUCGUGGACAAGGAUAUGAUGGUGCUAGUAACAUGCAUGGUGAAUGGAAGGGAUUGCAGGCACUGUUUUUGAAGGAUUUUCCCCAGGCGUAUUAUGUGCAUUGUAUGGCUCAUCGUCUUCAACUAUCUUUGGUUGCAGCAUCUAGAGAAGUGGAUAGGGUAAAUGAGUUUUUCACAAAGUUACCGAGAGUUGUGACUGCUAUUACUGGUUCCACGAGGCGCCUUGAUGAGUUAGAAGAGUUUCAAGAAGAUGAUUAUGCACAAAAGCUAGCAUCAGGUGAAAUUGAGUCAGGAAAAGGUGCCAAUCAGAUUCGGAAUGUACAAAGAGCCUGUGAUACUCGAUGGAGUUCACAUUUGAGUUCUGUGGCUAGCCUUAUCCAUUUGUAUGGUCCAAGUUGCCGUGUUUUGGAGAACAUAAGUAAUGAUUGUGCUCACUACAAAACAAGGGGGGAUGCUAGUACAGCUUUGAGAACUAUGGAAUCAUUCGAGUUCAUCUUCAUUUUGCAUAUGAUGAAGGAUAUACUAAGCACCACAGAUUUGCUUUGCAAAGCUUUGCAACGUAAGUCUCAAGACAUUGUAAAUGCAAUGAGGGCAGUGGAGACUACUACAAAGUUGCUGAACCAAAUGAGGAAUGAAGAUUGGGAUUCUUUGUUGGCAAAAGUCACAAUGUUUUGUCAAAAACAUGAUAUCAAUGUUCCUGAUCUUAGUGCUCCACAUUACGAAAGUCGACGAAGACGAGAUGGUAUCACAAAUGAGCACUUUUAUCAUUUUGAUGUGUUCAAUGCUGCUAUUGAUGUUCAGAUAGAAGAAAUACGAGCAAGGUUCGAUGACAAAGUACUUGAACUCCUGAAGCUUAGCUCGAGUUUGGAUCCUCGGGAUGGUUAUAAAGCUUUCAACAUUGGUGCUAUUUGUGAUCUUGCUGAGAAGUACUACCCUCUUGAUUUCUCAGAAAAGGACUUAGAUGACUUGAAGUUCGAAUUGAAGCAUUUUCAUGCUGAUGCUCCUACUCAUCCUAAACUCCAAAAUCUAUCAUCACUUGCUGAGUUGUGUCAUGGUUUAGCAGUGACAGGAAAGUCCAAGGAAUUUAACCUUGUUGAUAGGUUGAUUCGUCUUAUUUUGACUCUUCCGGUUUCAACUGCCACAGGAGAACGCGCAUUUUCAGCUAUGAAGAUAGUGAAGAAUAGGCUGCGGAACAAGAUGAAUGAUGAUUUUCUAGCUGAUAAUUUAGUUAUCUUUAUUGAGCGAGAGAUUGCAGAAACUUUCAGUUUAGACGCUAUUUUGAGUGAUUUCAGUGAUCUUAAAGAACGUCGUGCACUGUUAAAAUACAAUUAAUAAUUUAUUUUAUUUUUGUUUAUUAUCUUUUAUUUCUGGCCCCCCCUAUUUUCAAAUGCUGGCUCCGUCCCUGGAGCACAUGCAUGUUGCAACAUAUUAGUUGAGUUGGGAUUUGAGGUUUUUCGACACAUGUAAAUUCAUAGUACAAAGUGUGGGGGCGUAAAUCAAUAUAAGUUAAAGAUGGAUGGGUUAUUGGGGCAUGCAAAAUGGAAGCCAUGUGACAAAAAGCAAGAGAAAGAAGCAAUUUUCCUGUUAACUAAAUAGUACUUAGUAGAAUGUUGGGGCACAUGUGCCACACAUUUGUAGGAUCAUCUCCAAAAGAGACCCUUUAAUCUUUAGGCCUUGUUUUUUAAUUACCUUUUCGACACUCCAUCUAAGUCCCCAAAGUGAAAGUCAGGCCAUAACUGUCGAGAACAAACCCAAGCCAACUCAUAUGGGAUAGAAGUUUGCAUACGUAUGGAUACUGUCAUUGAUAAAUAGAGAUCAUCGGGAUUCAAAAACAAGAUCUUUCAAUCAUCAAAGACUCUAAUACCAUGUCAACAACCAAUUGACCUCAAUAGCUCGAUUUGUAGGAAGAAGUUCAAUUUAGACUUGUGCAAACUUCAAGGCGUACGAGUUGACUACUCAAAACUUGCUAAAUCACCUAAUCAUCCAAUAACUCAUUAUGUUGGUCCACAAGGACUUGGCCGAGUGAUACUAUCAUUAGUCUUGAACCUAAAGAUCAUAGAUUUGAAUUCCUUAAGUAGCACCUUAGAAUAAAAACAAACAUAUAUCACCACUAUCUAUAAUUUUUUUUUUUUAAAAAACAAAUAGUUAGAACCUCGAAACCAAGAAUGUCGUGGUACAUCCUGGACCCCGUGAAUUCAAACCUUUGGACCAACAAUCAAUGAAACAAACAAUGUGGUGGUGUAGUGAUGAAUGAUAAUCAUUUAUGAAGAAAGGAUUGUCAAGAGCAUGACUAUUUAUUGUAUGGUGUUCCCCAUAAGACUAGACAGAAAGUAUGGAAUUAGAAUUACCAUGAUACAUAGUGUCCCUCCCUGAAAUCAUUAAUUACUAUAGUAAUGAUGAAUUUUACAACAGAAAGAUUGGUCCUUUUUUUCGAUGAAAAGGUGAAAUCAAUCCAUUGGAAGCAUGUAGCAGCAGUAAAUGGUAGGGCAAAAGGUCCACCAGACCAGAGCUAGAGAUCAGAGCUAAGAAGAUGGUCUCUCAUGUGGGGUAAAAAAUAUGUUCUCACGCAAGCUCUGGGGUCAAUGAAAUCAUGUCGUAUCAUGCAUGUAAAUAGUAAAAACUAAAAAGUUAGGCUUUUAAGAUGAAGAAAUAUCCGUAUGAGUUAACAAUAGGAAGGCAUAUAUAUAUUUGUUCUUGUUUUAACCGCAAUAGAAAGGUAUUACUGCAUAAAGACAAGGAGUAAAAAAUUACCGUUACAUACUCUACUUACCUCUAACAUGGAAAGAGUAGUGAUGAUAUACGAAGACUGAAAGUAUGCACACGAGAGAAACAAACCAGGUAGAUGAUCUAACAAAGAGAGAGGCUACUCAAAAGAUUCGAAUCGAAACAGACCAGAUCGAAAAAUAAAAACCCAGACAUAGUAGAAUGCUUGAUGGAAAUUUAGAAUUCGGGCCUAAAUAAAAUAAUAUUUGAUGG